UACGAUGUCACAGUUAUUUAUAGACGUGAUAACAAUCUCUCUAUAGACUUCGCGUGACCAAAAAAUAUCCACCCAUUUUUGCAAGACUGUUCGCGGAAAAACGAGGGUAAAUACAAUAAAAUCACUACCAAACAACUGUGAGACGCACUUUCUGGUUAUAGAACAAUGAGCUUUUUUGGGCUUGGCCAAGGGGCCGACAUUGACAUCGCGCUCGACGAUGCCGCGACGAGAAAGCAAGCUGAGAUCAAGACAGAUGAUGGCAGGAAAGAGAAACUCUAUCUCUUCUAUGACGGAGAGAGCUUAACAGGAAGGGUCAAUGUCACUCUUAAAGGCAAGAAACUUGAACAUCAAGGCAUCCGAAUUGAGUUUGUUGGUCAAAUAGAGCUGUAUUACGACAGAGGUAACCAUCAUGAAUUCACAUCGCUUGUCAAAGAGCUUGCUAGGCCAGGAGAGCUCACGCAAUCAACCAGUUAUCCCUUUGAAUUCCUCAAUGUAGAAAAACCAUACGAGUCAUACACAGGUGCUAAUGUCAGGUUAAGAUACUUUCUACGAGUAACUAUCACCAAGAGAUUGACAGACACGGUGCGUGAGAUGGAUCUCGUCGUUCACACCCUGUCACACUACCCCGAGGUCAACUCAUCCAUCAAGAUGGAAGUUGGUAUUGAAGACUGCCUCCAUAUAGAAUUUGAAUACAACAAAUCAAAAUACCAUCUCAAAGAUGUUAUCGUUGGUAAAAUCUAUUUCCUUCUAGUAAGGAUUAAGAUCAAACACAUGGAACUAGCUAUCAUCAAAAGAGAAACAACUGGAUCAGGUCCCAACACAUUCAAUGAAAAUGAAACCAUAGCAAAAUAUGAAAUCAUGGACGGUGCUCCAGUCAGAGGUGAAUCAAUACCCAUCAGGCUGUUCCUGUCGGGGUACGAGCUGACGCCAACGAUGAGAGACGUCAACAAGAAGUUCUCUGUUCGCUAUUACCUUAACCUUGUACUUGUUGAUGAGGAGGAGAGACGGUACUUCAAACAGCAGGAAGUGACCCUGUGGCGAAAAGCGGACAAGGUCAAGAAGCCCCUCCAAAUGCAGAAACAACAGAUGCAACACUUUGUCUCGCCGUCGCAAAACAGCAAACCAGAAGCCAACUCAGACGAGUAGCAUAGUGCCCUCUACUGUCGUUGUCUAGCCAGGCAAUUAUUUGUAU